AUGUCAUCAGUGGCCUCAUUCCUACGUCGUUUCUCAAUCGAUAUCGAUUCCUCAUCAUCUCCCUCAUCUCCACCUUCAUCCGCCGGUUCAAUCGCCUCAAAACCGCGACGCAGCCGCAUCGCAGCAAGUCUAGAUUCGGCGCGUCGUCGAUUCUCACUUCAACACGGUCCGGCACCGAAUGGCCCGCCCACAAGUCAAGUUCAACCACAGGAAAUUGCUACGCGUACUGGAAGGUCUCGCAAGGAAAAUGGCAGUUUGCCAGAUUUGGCCGAAGUGAGUCAUUUUUUUCAUGCUCUACGUGAAAUUCUGAUUAUUUUGAUACCCCACAUCGCUAAUAUGAGCAAUGCACCGCAAACACGUCAGCAUUGAGCGCUGACGCGUUUUCGGUUCCAGGUUUUCUUCCCUGUGCCCUGGGCUUUAGUUUGACACCCAUAUCUCUUUAGCCACCACCGUUUUCUAAAAAUGCACCGCAAACGCGCCAGCAACCCUUAGCUGACGCAUAUUUUGUAGAUCACUAAAACCACUUGAAAUCGAACGCUUCUAGAUCAAAAAAACGUGAGGAAUUCAAUGAUGUUUGACUCAUCUGAUAAAAGUGCACCGGAAAUGCGCCAGCAAGGCGCAUUUCCGGUAGGGAUUAGGGGGAAAAACUGAAUUUGAUCUUGAAAUGGAAGAAAUGUUUGGAAAGGGGUCUACAACAUUGCUCAUGCUACAAAAAUUGCGUCAGCAGGUGAUUGUGCUGACGCAUUUCUGGUACCCUAUCAUAUUCGGUCUCAAAAUGAUUCAAAUUUUGAGCUACAAAAGUUGCGUCAACAAAAUUUGCUGGCGUAUUUCUGGUACCCCAUCAAAUUCGGUUUCAAAUUUCGGCGGAGCACCAAGAAAAAAGUGUCUCCCAGGAAUUAUUGAUUCAUUUUUCAUGGCCCAAGAAAAAAAAUUGCAAAAAAAAACUUUUCCUCGUUUUUUUAUGUUGUUGUAUAUAUAAAUAAGAUAUUCUUCUCCUCUUUUUUUGGAAAAAAAAGGGAACUUUUUCCUCUCCCAGAAAAUAAAAAAACAUUUUGGCUGGCCGCCAAACUUUUUUCCAUGAGAAUAUGUGGAUUUUGUUGGCCGAGAAAAAAUGAGGUGGGUACAAAAUUUGGAGCUCAAAUAUGAUUGGGUACCAGAAAUGCGUCAGUCAACUUGUUGACGUAUAUUUUGUAGCUCGAAAAAUGCGUCAUUUUGACCCUAAAUAUGAUAGGGUACCAGAAAUGCGUCAGCAAAAAUUUGUUGAUCUACCAAAAAUGCGUCAGCAAGUCUCCUUGACGCAUUUGUGGUGCAUCUUCAAAACUAGCCAUGUUUGAUGUCAAAAUAAGCCGAAUCACAUGAAAAUUUCGAAAAAUCUACCAAAAAUGUGUCAGCAAGCCUCCCUGGCUCAAAAAAUCCCCAAUUUUUAUAUUUUUUUACAGAAACGAGAAAUGCCAGCACCGCCAACGAAACGAGUUUCCGUAAUUGCCACCGAUCGAGACCGGGCCUAUUUUUUACGCCAGAAACACAUGAGGACACACAAAAAUCAUGCGGAAAAGGUGGGGGAGCAUUUUUUUUUACAAAAAAUUUGGUUCAAAAAUGAGAAAUCCACCCACAUUUUAUUUUUUGUUGACUUUUCGGAUUUUUUGUUGAUUUUAAAAUUUUUCUUGGAAAUAUAACUUGAGAUUUUUGAGCUUCUUGAAAUGCGUCAGCAAAUUUUGUUGACGCAUUUUUUGUAGAUUGAAAAAUGCUUCAUUUUGAGAUAAAAUAUGAUAGAGUACAAAAAAUGUGUCAAUAAAUUCUACUGGCGCAUUUGAAGUAGCUGCAAAAGGUUCUAUUUUUCAAGUUACUAGAAACGUGUCAACAAUUUUGCUGACGCAAUUGUUGUAGGUUGAAAAUGAAGCAAUUUUUGAGCUACAAAAAACACGCCAGCCUAAACUUAACUGACGCAAUUCCUGUACCCUAUCAUAUUUGGACUCAAAACGCCGCAUUUUUCUAGCUACAAAAAACACGUCAACACCCAAAAUUUGCUGACGCAAAUCUCGUUCAUUCUCACGCUUUUUGUUUUGUAGUUCUCUCGGAAAAUCUGAGAUUUUUCUGUUUUUGCCGCCCCUUUUAACUUGUCAAUCAUUCAUUUUUGACAGGUUUUUUCGGCGGGCCCCGAAAAAAUCAAUUCGGUUUUUUUUUUUGAUUUUUUUUUUCGGAACAGAUAAGAAAUGCAUUUUUAUUUUACACUGUGUGUUCGGUUUUUUUUGGAAAUUUUUUGAAUUUUUCUGAAUUUUUGCCUGAAAAUUCCACGUGGCAUAUGGAAUUUUGAGCGCUGCCAAAAAAAAAAUUCGGAAAGUGUCCCAUGAGAUUUUGAAAAUCCUCUCGCGCCCUUUUUCUUUAUGGUCGAAUGAUUUAUUUCUUUUUCCCAUCUUUUUGUUCAUGUUUCUUUCUUUCUCUAACCGCCUCUCUCUCUACCCGUCUCUCAUUUCCACACACUCUCUCGUCGCCUGGUUUUUUACACUCACACCACACUCGUUUUCCACUUUUCCAUUUUAUUUUUUAUUUUUUUUUGGAAACCAAUGAAAAAAUAGCCACUGGUUUUGGGUUUUUUGGAAAUUUUUUAAGCUUCGAAAUUUGAAUGCCACGUUUUUUCCCACCAUUUUCCACGUGGAAUUUCGAUUUUUUUCAAAAAUUUUGAAUUUUUAUUUUGAAGUUUUCGGCUCCAGCUUUAUAGCUUAAACUGUUGUUCUACCUGGAUUUGUGAAGCUGAAAUUUAAUUUUUUCUGAAAAUUUACUUGCCACAUGGAAUUUCAGAUUAUGAAAUUUCAAAAAAACUUGUUGGAGGCAAAAUUUUUGAUUUUGAAAGUUUUCCACGUUUUUCAGAAUUUCGAAUUCCCCAUGUGGAUAGAUUUUCAGAUCAAAUAAAUUUCAGAAACUUUUUUUGCCACGUGGAUUUUUGAACCUAACAUUUUUAAUUUUUCUGAAAAUCAACUUGCCACGUGUGUGUGUUUUGCCACGUGGAUUUGUGAAGCUGAAAUUCAAUUUUUUCUGAAAAUUUCAAAUUUUUAUUUAAAAAAGUUCCCGUAUUUACCAUACCACGUGGAUUUUCAGAUUAUGAAAUUUUUAAGAUUCAAAAAAAUUGUUGAUUUUGAAAUUCUCGACUUUUAGCUUAAACCUGAAAUUCAAUUUUUUUUUGAAAUUUACUUGCCAAGUGGAUUCUGUACUAAAUUUUCAGAUCAAAACUGUGUUUUGCUACGUGGAUUUAUGAGGUUGAAAUUCAAUUUUUUUUUUUGAAAAUUUGGAAAUUUACUUGCCACGUGGAAAUUCAAAACAUUUUUAGCUCGAAAAACUCGGAUUUUCACCAGGUUUUCUGUGUCUGCCACGUGGCAUCUGCAUUUUUUGGCGCCAAAAUCGACCACUCCCUUUUGAUUUCUACUUAGUUGAUAAUAAAAUCAAGUCUUCUUCUUCAUCAUCAUCUCAUUUCUCAUUUUCUCAUUUUUCCUUCUUCCGUUUUUCUCUAACCCUUUUUUCUCUGCACUCUCCUCAUUUCCCACAUUCUCUCCUCGAUUUUCGCUUUUUAUCAUUUUAACUUCUUCAUCUUCUUCUCCUAUUUUCUUCAACAAAUUUCUUCUUCUUCUUCUAUUUUUUUAUCCGCAUCCCAAUAGAAAAAAUCGAUUUUUUGUGGAGAAAUAAUGAGAUUCUGCAAAAAAUUUGACGCUAGAAAAUUUGAAUUCAGAAUUUUGCCACGUGGAAAUGUGAAAUGUAGUUAAAAUUCUGAAUUUUAUAGGUGAAAAUUCUACGUGGCAAGUAAAUUUUCAGAAAAAACAAUUGAAUUUUCACUGUAGCAAAACACAGUUUUGAUCUUGAAAAAAUUUAAUUUUAGGAAAAUUUCAAAAUCAAAUUUUUUUUUUGAAAUUUCAUAAUCUGAAAAUUCCACGUGGCAAGUUGAUUUUCAGAGAAAUUAAACAUUUUAGGUUCGAAAUUCCACGUGGCGAAAAAGUUUUUUAAGUUUUUUUGAUCUGAAAAUCUCCACAUGAAAAAUUGGAAAUUCUGAAAAACGUGGAUUUUUCGAACUGAAAUUCAAUUUUUUUUCAAAUGUCUUUUCACAAAAUUUCGAAUUCAAAAUUAAUUUCUAAAAUUUUUUUCCACGUGGAUUAUAAGUAGAAUUUUCACGAAUUAUAAAAUUCGAAAAUUCAAUUUUUUUUCCAAAAAUUUCGCCAAAACACACAUUCCACACAUCAGAACCCAAAAAAAGCGAAAAUCUCCACUCAACUACUCAAAAAUUCAAAUUUUUUGCUCGCCGCGGCGCGCGCGAAAAAACUUUUUGAUUGCUUUUUUUGCCAACUCGUUUAGUCUCAUCCUCUUCCUUUUCUUUUGAAAAAAAAAGUUUUUCAACAAAUUUUUCUCGUUUUUUUUGCUGUGAGCAAGAUAAAUUGUAGUACUAUUUUUUUUGUUACUCAAAAAUUUAUGAGCAAAAAAAACUUGUGCCAAAAUUUCUAGGGCUCUGAAAAUCCACGUGGCUUUACCGUAACUCUGAAUUUGUACUGUAAUCUAGAAAACUCAACAUUUAUUCAUGAUCUACAGUAACCCUAAAUUCCUACUGUACCAUGAAGAAUUAGGCUAUUGUUUUUAAAUUUUAUUAAAUUUCUGAUCUACCGUACUCCUACAGUAACCCAAAAGUUAGGAACUUUCUGCUGUACCUAAUCUAAUCUACAGUACACUUUUGAAACUCCUACAGUAACCCAAGAACUACGAAAUUUUCCAAACCUUCUGAAAAAUACAGUAACCCUCUACAUUUCCUGAUCUACCCUAUUUUCUUCUUCCUACAGUAACCCAAGAUCUACAGUAUCCAAAUAUACUGUACUUAUAACUUCAAUAAAAUCUUCUUUUGAUCUACCAUAACAGUAACCCCACAAUUCUACAGUACUAUAUUUCUAGAGUUUGUGAAACUUUUUUGAUCUUUUUUGACCUACCUUCUUAUUUUUCUACCGUACCUCCCUACAGUAACCCCUCCAAUUCUACAGUACUUCCUGCUCUCCUUCUCGUCUCCUAAUUCAAAUUCAAUCCUGGAUCGUCGAGUCGGACUUCCAGACGCGCUUUCAUUGUGUCUGAAAGCGGCCACAUCGAGAAUGUCCUCCUCCUCCUCGUCAGAAAAUCAAAAAGAUUUCGAAUUUCGGCCGGCAAAAGAGACGCAGCGAAGCAAAUCGCCAGGCGGAGUCAUCGGAAGAUUGAGCAAUUUCGCGCGCAGCAAAGCCCGAUUGUCGCUGUCCGAAAAGGGAUCUGGCGGAGUUCAUGGAAGUCGAGGAGAGAAUGGAGCGGCGAGUGGAAGUGGAAAUGGAAAUGGUGGAGCCGCUAGAAAGGUUUUUCUCUUUUUCUACUCUCCAAGUUUACUCUAAACUCAAAUUUGCACCAAGAAUGCGUCAGCAACCCAUAGCUGACCCGUUUUUGGUACCCCAAAACACCAUAGUUUUCUUCUGCUAAUCACGGGCUUUCGUUUGAUACCCAUAUCUCCCUAUCUAUCCCUCCAUAUAAAAGUGCACGAGAAAUGCGUCAGCAACCCUUAGCUGACGCAAUUUUUGUAGAUCCUCAAAACUCCUCAAAAUUGAGUGCAAAAUGAUCCCCGGGACCUCACAAAAACCAAUUUGAUAUUCAACACCUUUGAAAAAUGAUAGCUACCAAAAAGACGCCAGUAAAAAUGUGCUGACGCGUUUUUGGUGCACCUAGCGAUUCUGGAAUUCAAUCAAAUGUCUUCUUCUGACCAUGAGCUCUCGUUUGAUACCCAUAAUUCUAUAGGUUUCUCCAAGUUCAAAGGUGCACGAGAAAUGCGCCAGCAACCCUUAGCUGACGCGAAUUUUGUAGAUCCUCAAAACCCCUCAAAAUUGAGUGCAAAAUGAUCUCCGGGACCUGAAAAAGAUGAAUUUGAACAUAAAAACUGAUGAAAAUCCGUGAUUUUUGCAGGAUCUACUAAAAGAGUUCCACAAAUGCAAAGAGAAUCAAGAUCAACGUUUGGAUUUGUCAAGCAUCGAAAUCACAAGCAUUCCAGCUUCAAUAAAAGAUCUCACACAACUAACAGAGCUCUUUUUGUAUAAGGUAAGAGCCUUAAGGACCUAAAAAUGACCUUAAAAUCAUUUUUCAGAACAAACUUACAAGUCUACCCAACGAAAUCGGUGCAUUAGUGAAUUUGAAAAAACUGGGACUCUCCGAAAACUCUCUAACAUCUCUACCCGACUCUCUCGCUUCUCUGCACUCUCUCGAAACUCUUGAUCUACGUCACAAUAAAUUGGUGGAAGUUCCAAAAGUGAUUUAUCAAAUUGAGAGUCUCGAAACACUGUGGCUCAGAUAUAAUCGAAUUGUGGCGGUUGAUGAGCAGAUUGGAAAUUUGAAAAAGUUGAAAAUGUUGGAUGUGAGGGAGAAUAAAAUUCGCGAAUUACCGUGUAGUAUUGGAAAAUUGAGCUCGCUUGUUGUCUGCUUGUUGAGCUACAAUCAUUUGCCCAAAAUUCCUGAUGGUGAGUUACAAAAAGCGGUUGAUUGACGCAUUUCUGGUUCCAGCAUAGCUAGAGCUCUCGAAUGAGACCAAACAUGACGCAUUUUGCUCACCUACCAGAAAUGCACCAGCAGUUCUUAGCUGACGCAUAUUUUGUAGGUAUAUAAUAUUGUCAUCAUUUUCAUCCUCUAGUUAUAAGCUUUCGUUUGAUACCCAUAUAUCUAUACUUGUCUCUCAUCUCAGGAAUGCACCAGAAAUGCGCCAGCAAUCCUUAGCUGACGCAGAUUUUGUAGAGAAUUUUGUCAAAAUUUUUAUCCUCUAGUUAUGAGCUUUCGUUUGACACCCAUAUACCUAUACACAUCUCUAAUCUCAGUGAUGCACCAGAAAUGCGCCAGCAAGCCCUUGCUGACGCAUAUUUUGUAGAUGCUCUAAUUCUCUUGUUUUUGAGCGCAAAUUGAUUGCGAGAGUCUCAGGAUAACAAAUUUACAGAAAUUUUUGCCUUAAAAUCUUACCUACCUAAAAAGCGCCAGCAAACCUUCUUGACGCGUUUCUCGUUCUUCCAGAAAUCGGCGAUUGCGUUUUGCUCACUCAACUCGAUCUCCAGCACAAUGACCUAACCGAACUCCCAGCCACCAUUGGAGGUACAGUUUUUGUUAACCUGAGCAAUCCUUAAAAAAAAUGACUUCAGGUUUAAAAAAUCUGGUACGAAUCGGCAUCAGAUACAACAAAAUUCGAAAUAUCCCACAAGAAUUGGAACAAUGCGAGUUGCUCGAAGAAUUCAUUGUGGAAAGCAAUCAUUUGCAAAGUUUACCAGUAAGUAUUUUGUCUGCACCGCAAAUGCGUCAGCAUUGAGUAUUACAGAAAAAUUUCAUAAUUUUCGAACUCUCCAAGCGAUAAGCUUUCGAAUGACACCCAUAUUCGUUAUAUUCAAAUGUGCACGAGAAAUGCGUCAGCAACCCCUUAGCUGACGCAUUUCUCGUGCAAUCCUGAAAUUGCUUAAAAUUAGAUGUUUCCGGCGUAGAAUUGCAUGGUGAACUCGAAAAUCGUAUUUAUUUUCAGCCAAACCUGCUAACAACCCUGACAAAAGUGCAUACAGUGAAUUUGUCGAGAAAUGAGCUGACAGCUUUCCCCGCUGGAGGACCUCUACAAUUCACAUCGACCGUGACAAUUAAUAUGGAGCAUAAUCAGAUCGCAAAAAUUCCAAUCGGAAUUUUUUCGAAAGCCUCGAAAUUGACCAAAUUGAAUUUGAAGGAGAACGAAUUGAUCAGUUUACCUUUGGAUAUGGGAAGUUGGACAUCGAUCACUGAGUUGAAUUUGUCGACUAACCAGUUGAAAGUUUUGCCAGAGGAUAUUGAAAAAUUGGUGAGCUCAAAAAACGCGGUAGAAUGAUACCAAACAUGACAACUUUUAGUCAACUACUAGAAAUGUGGCAAGGGAGGGUGAUUGACGCAUUUCUGGUGCAUUUUCCGAGUUUGAAAAUGUUACUGUAAUGUUGAGAGGAGUAAGAGCUUUCGAAUGAAACCAAACAUGACUUAUAUUGGAUACCUACCAGAAAUGCGCCAGCAACCCUUAGCUGACGCAAUUUUGGUAGGUCAUCAAACUGCCUCAAAAUGUGCCUUGAAAUAUUCAGAAAGAUGAGGGCUUUCGAAAGAAACCAAACACGAGGCAUUUUGCUAACCUACAAUAAACACGUCAGCAACCCUUAGCUGACGCAAUUUUGGUAGCCCCUCAAAACGAGUCGAAAUUGUGCUCAAAAUGCUCCAAAAAUUGCGAAUUUUUCGAAAUUUUGCAGGUCAACCUGGAAAUCUUGGUCCUUUCCAACAACCAGCUCAAAAAACUGCCGACACAAAUUGGAAAUUUGAAAAAAUUACGCGAAUUGGACCUGGAGGAGAACGAUUUGGAGACGAUUCCGACUGAAAUUGGUAGGAAAAUUUUAGAUUUUAUUGAUUUUUUCUGUAAAAAAUUGAUUUUUUCAGGAUUCUUGCAAAAUCUGACAAAACUUUGGAUACAAAGCAACAAAAUCGUGUCUUUGCCAAGAUCGAUUGGAAAUUUGUAUGCACUUCAGGAUUUGCGAUUAGGAGAGAACAAUUUGACGGCGAUUCCCGAAGAGAUUGGUGAGUUUUGACUCAAGAUUUUUCCCGUAGUUUAAUGAGAAUUUUCGCGAAAAUUCGAUCAUUUUGAUAUCCCAUUUGCUGACGCAUUUCUGGUGCAUUUUCGCGGGUUCUUCAUACUCCAGAGUUAUUGCCCAGAUUAAGAGCUUUCGUUUGAUACCUAUAUCUAUAGCCUUUUCAGUGAUUUUUGAAAUGCACCAGAAAUGCGUCAGCAACCCUUAAUUGACGCAUAUUUUGUAGUUUACCAAUUCAUAGCAAUAUGGGUAUCAAAAUUCGUCAAAUUUCACGCUGAAAACGCCAAUCACUACCAAAAUUAACAUGAAAUAAAUUCCAGGCCACAUGCAAUCACUCAAAUCGCUCUACCUCAACGACAAUUCCUCACUCCACAGUCUUCCAUUCGAAUUGGCCCUGUGCGCCGCUCUCGAAAUCAUGUCCAUCGAAAAUUCGCCACUCUCUCAAAUUCCGCCCGAAAUCACGGCCGGCGGUCCGAGUUUAGUCAUACAGUAUCUGAAAAUGCAGGGACCAUAUCGAGGUGUGAUUCUCAACAAUCAAUAA